GUGUCUUCGGGUUGUUUCGGCUUUCUCUGACGACCAUCUUUCCGCGUCGGAACCCUCAUUCGAUCCGACGAAACUUCUAGCCUCCGUAGAUGACUGUAACAUUGGGGGAUAGUUGAGAUUGUACUGGCUGGAUUUCCUCGCCGGAUGGAGGGAGGAAUACAUCCAUGGAUUAUGAUGACAAUGAAAGCCAGAAUCUUCAUUUAGUUGGUGAAGGGAGCACCCAAUUUCCUCCAGUACUAAGGCCAUAUGCUCUACCUAAAUUUGAAUUUGAUGAGAGCCUUCAUGGGCAUUUAAGAUUUGAUAGUUUGGUUGGAACUGAAGCUUUCCUUGGCAUUGAAAGUCACGAAGAUAGCCAGUGGAUUGACGCAUUCUCUCAGGGGAGUAGUGGCAUAGAGUUCGGUUCAGCUGCAGCUGAAUCUUGCUCUAUAUCAAGGCAUAACAAUGUUUGGUCUGAGGCUACUUCCUCAGAAUCAGUUGAAAUGCUAUUGAAAUCUGUUGGGCAGGAGGAACUUGUUCCUAGACACGUUGCUGAAGAAUCUGAUGCCUGUGAUGAACUGGCUUGCUUAACUAAGCAAAUGAAGCCCAAUCCUAAACCUGAUGUUAAAAAUGUAUUAGAAAAAAAUGUUAGAGAUUUACAGCCGCCUGGUGUUAUUCACGGAAGCUUGUCUGGAUUGAAGGAGGAUGUUGGAAGGGAGGUGUCUCAGGCAGAUGUUUCCCAUGGUCAUGGAGUUGAGUCAUCCAUUAUCGGAGGUUCCAGUAAUCUGGAAAGUAAUGAUAUGUACGGAAAUACUAAUUUGCCUGUUUCUGAGGGAAGUCUUUAUGCUGAUGGCAAUUGUAAUGAGGUGAACCAAGUAAUUGGAGCUUUGGCUGAUGACUCACCGAAUGACAAAGUUCAUGAUUUAUCUGCAUCUGGGGUGCAGGCUAAUGCUUCUGCAGUGUCUAUGAAGAAUAACUCUUCUACUUGUGAUGUGUUGAACAUUCAAAAUUUAGAAAAUUGUGUAAUUGGUAUUGGUGAUGUGCAGCAAGGUUGUUUGCAAUCAAAACUUGACAAGCAAGAGAUGGAAUCUUCUACAUGGAACAGAGAUGCUCACAUUGACACCCAAACUUCUAAUGGACUUGCACCUGUGAGUGAUGCACAUUCUCUAGAUAAGCCUCUUUGUUCAGUCUCUACAGAACAAGCUUUGGAAGGUGUAAAGGCAAUUGAGGGCCUUGAUACUGGCAUGAAUGGGGUGGUAUCAGGUGCUGACUUGCUCAAAACAGAAAGGUGCAGUGGAGAUGUAUCUUCUGAAAAUUCAGGCAAGAAUAAUGCAAAUGCAGAUGUACUGGUAGAUGUUAAAUCUGGACAAAACCUAUGUGACUCACCUAAGGCUGAAAUUAAAGGUGACACUAGUUCAAAGGAACAAGUUGUUGAGAUCAGUAAUCCCAACCAUGCGAUUUCUUCUAAUCAUUACCAGGGUGUGAUUACCAUCGAGAGGAAUACAUAUAGUGGGGGCAAUGCCAUUAAAGAAAAGGUGGUUUUGAACAUGGAUCACCCAACAGAAAAGGAUAUUUUAGUCAGUCAGUCUGAGGGUCAUGUGAUUAGUGAGAGUGAAGGAAAUGGUGAUAACAAAGUAGCAAAUCUUUCCUUGGUGGCUUCUUCUGAAAAUUCUCUUAGUAUGAGUGAAACAACUCAAACAUGUGAGAACUAUGACAUUUAUGGGCAGGGUGACCACAAAAGCUUGCAAAAAGUUGGUUCUGUAAAUGAGGAUAUGAGUACAAAGGUUCCUACUGUUUCUAGUCAAAGGCAUUGUGAUACCGACCAAUCCCAUUUGGUUGACAAGGAAGUUGAUUCAUCAUCUUUGAGCAUUGGAGGCGGGAAAACUGAGUCGGCAACUUCCACAACUUUGGCCAGUAGCAUGGCAGUCAAUGAUUCAGCUUCAAAAGUUAUGUUGGAAGAUAUUUGUUUGGUUCCCUGUAGGACAAUGGAUGCUCCACCUCCUUCUAGCAAUCUUGUUUCCAUUAAUGAAGUUACUGAUAACAAUAAUGUCCAAAAGAAUACAUCUGCUUUGUCUGCCCCAGUUGAUGGAAAACAAGAUCCAGCCAAAGUAGUCACGGAAGUAGCCAUAUCUACUGGGGUUGGGUCUACUGAAAAGGAAGCCUCUCGCCUUGUUAAUGGAACUGAAAUCCAUGCGUCUUCUGAUGCUUCUACAAAUCUUAUGUGCAAAAUAGUGAACAAUUGUCCUGAGGUUGAGGGGACUACUGGUACUGAAAAAUUAAGUGAACUUCAGGGAACACAAAUUGAUAAGGUUAUUCAGGAGUGUGCAAGUGUGAGUGAUGUGUCUUCAGUUCCAUGUGGAUCAACAGUGAAACGGGGUGAUGAAGUUGCAGUUUCUUUUGAUAAACUUGACAAGGAGAGUCAUGAAAAGUCAUCCUCAAAACUCUCAGGUGACAUUUUGCAUGCAAGUCAAGUUUCCAUACCUUCUGCUCCUUUGCCUGAUUCUCAUGCUGCUUCACAUCAAACUGGAGAUGUUUCUGCCUGUCCUGCCCCUAUUACUAGCAGUUCCUUUAUUACAAUUGGAAAUUCUUCUCAAACUGAAAAGGAUGGGGAUCAGGUUAAGGCAUCCACUGAUCAAAAUCCCUCAGUCUCAGAGGGCAUCGAUAGGGAUGCAAGUGCAAUAGAUGUACCACCUAUUGCUCCUGAUACAAGGGAAAGUAAUGCAUCCGAAAAUGAGAAAAUUUUGACUUUUGAGGUCAAUCCAAUGGCAGAUUUGUCCAAAACGGAUGUUACAAAUCUGACUAGGAACAAUGUUGGAAAGAGUCAAUCACUUCCUGCCGCUAUGUCCAGCAAAACAUCAACAGUUGAGGUAUCUCCUACAACAUCUGUGUUAGGCUCUACAAAAACUAAAACUGCAGGAGAUAUAUCCCACAGCAGUAGUGCUUCCAAAGGUACAACUGAGCGUAAUACUAGGCGAACUUAUAAUAAGACACCAAGGAAGGAGUCUUCAAGGAAAAGGGGUGUAAAAGAAACAACUCCAGCGAGACAACCAGAAAGAGGGGAUAAACCAAGUAAUGUCUCCGUGAGUCCAUCUUCCAAUCUCCAGCCAAUACAAUCCCGUGAGAUGCAGCAGCGUGGACAUGCUGAUUCCAGCAGCGCCAAGCCCUAUCCUUUUCUAAAUGCCUCAACAUCUGGUCUUCCAGAUUUGAAUAGUUCUGCUUCUCUAUCUGUUCUGUGUCAACAAUCUUUUACAGAUUUACAGCAAGUACAAUUGCGUUCACAGAUCUUUGUGUAUGGAGCUUUGAUUCAAGGCAUGGCACCUGAUGAGGCAUAUAUGAUAUCAGCUUUUGGGGGUCCAGAUGGUGGAAGGAACACGUGGGAGAAAGCCUGGCGUGCAUGCAUAGAAAGACAGCUUGGUCAAAAAUCUCAUUCACUUAACCCAGAAACACCUCAGCAGUCACGAUCUGUUAAGCAGAGCACGCUUCAGGGCAAUGCCGUCUCCUCACCUCUUGGUCUAGCAAGCAGCAAUGCUAUGCCAACAAUCGUAAAUCCUUUAAUGCCUCUUUCAUCACCCCUUUGGACUCUACCGACUCCUUGUGAUUCCCUUCAGUCCAGUGUCGUUGCAAGAGGUUCUGUUGUGGAUUAUCCGCAGGCACUUGCUUCCUUACAUUCUUAUCAAACUUCACCUCUGAGGAACUUUCUGGGACAUAAUACAUCUUGGAUAUCCCAGGCCCCCCUUCACGUACCAUGGAUUGCUUCAACCCCUCCACCUGGUAGCAGUUCCCAUCCUUCAGCAUCACCUGUUUCAGGUACAGUUAAAUUGAGUUCUGUGAAAGGAUCACCAUUGCCUCCUUCCUCUGGUAUAAAGAAUGUUAUUUCUAGUAUCCCAUCUUCCACUGGAGGUCCACAGAGUAUGUUUGUUGCAAGUGCUCCUCUACACAGUACAAAUGUGACAGUAUCACCUCCUCAGCAUUCUUCUGAUCCAAAGCCCAAAAAAAGAAAGAAGGUUCUGAUAUCUGAGGAUCUCAGCCACAAGGCAUUGCAGUCACAAACUCGAUUAGAGUUGACUUCUGCCGUUAGUAGUAGCCAUUUAUCUACUUCCAUCGGCAUCGCUGCUACUGUUGGUAAUGCUCCCAAAACAAAUACAGAAAAAUCAGUCGUGUCAGUGUCCACUCUAUCUCCUGCUGAUCACCUCCAAAGUGAUAAGGUGAAUGAGAAGAGAGGACUGUCAGAUGAAUCCCUUGGUAAAGUUAAGGAAGCUACAGCUCAUGCGGAGGAAGCUGCUUCUUCUUCUGCUGCUGUUAGUCAUAGCCUAGAGAUUUGGAAUCAGUUAGAUAAGCAGAAAUAUUCUGGAUUGGUGUCAGAUAUUGAAGCCAAACUAGCUUCUGCAGCUGUUGCAGUUGCUGCUGCUGCAGCUGUUGCAAAGGCCGCGGCAGCUGCUGCCAAUGUUGCCUCUAAUGCUGCAUUGCAAGCAAAACUGAUGGUUGAUGAAACAUUGGUCUCAUCUGGUCAUGACAAUCCCUGCCAAAGUAUUAAGCUUUCUGACAGUAUUGAUAAAUUUGGAAAAGCUACGCCUGCAUCUAUGUUGAGAGGUACUAAUGGAACCAAUAGUUCUAUCAUGGUUGCUGCCAAGGAGGCUGUUAGAAGGAGAGUGGAAGCUGCAUCAGUUGCUGCAAAGCGAGCUGAAAAUAUGGAAGCUAUUGUGAAGGCUGCUGAGCUGGCUGCAGAAGCCGUGUCUCGGGCAGGAAAGCUUGUAAAUAUGAAUGAUCCUAUUCCAUUCAGUGACUUAAUAGAUGCUGCUCCUGAGGGUUUUCAGAGUAUAGCCCAAGAAUCUUCUCAAGAGGUUGGAUUAUUGAAAGAAAUGACCAGAGGUCUGGUAAAAUUUGUCAAUGCUGGAGACUACCCUGAAAAUUCUCAUACGCUGAACAAAGAUGGUUUUUCGGGUGAAAUGGGGAGGCAGAUGGUUACAAAUGAGCAACCACUGCAUAAUGAGAAAAUUAAGGAUCAUGUGAGACCGAUAGAUGGCAUUUCCAUUUCCAUUAACAGUAAUGGAAAAAAUACAAGGGGACCGAAGGGCCGUAAGGUUUCUGAUUUAGUCAAUUCAAUUGAUGUGGUUCCAGAAUCGAAUACGCAAACACGCUUUGGAAGUGAAUCUGGGCAAGAAGAGAACAUCAAGGAGGGUUCACUCAUAGAGGUUUUCAAAGACGGAGAAGGAUGGAAAGCAGCAUGGUAUAUUGCCAAUGUUUUGAGCCUGAAGGAUGGUGAUGCUUAUGUUUGCUACACUGCCCUUGUAGCUGAUGGAGGUGCCGGGCCCUUAAAGGAAUGGAUUACAUUUAAAGGUGAAGGAGACAAGCCACCUAGAAUACGCAUUGCUCGCCCUUUAACUGACUUGCAUCAUGAAGGAACAAGGAAGAGACGUAGAGCAGCUAUGAGAGAUUUUGCUUGGUCUGCUGGGGAUAGAGUUGAUGCAUGGAUAGAAGAAAGCUGGCGGGAAGGAGUUGUGAUAGAGAUCAAGAAAGAUGAAACACUUACUGUCCACUUUCCAGCUACUGGAGAAACAUCAGUGGUUAGAGCAUGGUAUCUCCGUCCAUCACGCAUUUGGAAGGAUGGGAAGUGGACUGAAUGUUCUAGGGUGGGGGCAAAUGACCGUUCCACCCGUGAGGGUGAUACGCCACUUGAAAAGCGACUUAAACUGGGUGGUCCUACAAUAGAGGCAAAGGGGAAAGAUAAGAUGUUAAAAAAACUUGACACUGUGGAGCCAGUGAACCAUGAUGAAUUGAGAUUACUUAAUUUGACUGACAAUGAGAAGGUAUUUAACACUGGUAAGACCAGCAAGACUGAAAAUAAGCCUGAUACACAGAGAAUGGCAAGGACUGGUCUUCAGAAAGAAGGAUCAAGGGUGAUUUUUGGGGUUCCAAAGCCUGGGAAGAAAAGGAAAUUUAUGGAAGUAAGCAAGCAUUAUGUCGCUGAUAGGAGCAAUAAAAUUAAUGGGAAUGAUUCGGUUAAGCUAGCGAAUUUCUUGAUGCCUCAAGUUCCAGGGUCUCGAGGAUUGAAAAGUAGUUCCAAGAAUGAUGCAAAGGAGAAGCGAGGGGCCAACCCCAAACUCAAGACUUCCAAGCCUGAAAAGUCACACAAUGUUUUGGAUCGUUCAGUCCCACUGCAAGACAAUAUUUUGGCAAAUACAUUUUCCCAAUCUGAUAAUCUAACAGAUCAUACAGAAAGGAUCAAGGAUGGAAGCCAUAUUCAAAAUGCAUCAGAUAAUGGAACUCGGUCGGAGACAGCAUCCCACCCUUUGGUUGAUGGAGCAGCUGAGGGACCAAUCCUAUUUUCUUCGCUGCCAACCUCAGUUGAUGCUCCCUCCUUUAAGAAGACAUCCACGUCAAGGGCAAGUAAAGGAAAACUCGCCCUUGCUGGUGGAAAGUUGGGCCAGACUGAGGAGGAAAAAGCUUUGGAUAGUGAUUCUGUGAAGUCAACAUCUGAAGUUAACGAGCCCCGUAGAUCCAAUCGUAGGAUCCAGCCAACAUCAAGACUAUUAGAAGGACUGCAGAGUUCUUUGAUAAUCACUAAGGUUCCAUCCGUUUCACAUGACAAAAGUCACAAAAACCAGAGCCGCAAUGCUUCAAGGGGGAAUAAUAACCAACGGUGAACGCUCUCGUUGCAGCGAUGCAGUUCAGUCAAAAUUCCGACUGUAUUUUGGACGACUGAUAUGCCCGGCAUAGAUGUGUAUAUUAUUACUGUAGGGAAGCUAGAAAUUAAAAUUCUUGCUUCUUUGGGUUUAGGCAAACUAGUCUGGUAGCUGUUCAUAAUAAUGCAGUUUAGUCUUGUUUGUAAUGAAUUAAUCUCCUUGGGCCGUUGGCACUGUAGGCUGUAUAGGAAUUUCUCCAAGUUAAUCUGGUUUAUAGAGGCUUUCCGGUUAUUAAAUGAUAACGUGAUGACCCUUCUAGGUACUGACUC